UCGACAACCCCAUGUGCAUACAGACUUUUUACGAUGCCUACUGAUUCAAGACGUUUAACGGGGCCAGAUGAAACGAAGAGCCCUUAUAUAUUUGUCAAGCAACCAAAAGUUCAGGUCCUUACAGAAAAAAGACAUGAUGGACGUUCCCCAGACACAUUGCGACCAAUUUUCCUGAAGGCUGAUGUGGUGAGCCAGGCAAGGGGAUCAGCGUAUGUAGAACAGGACAAUACCAAGGUCAUGUGUGCAGUGUAUGGCCCACGGGAAGUCGGUCGUCGGGAGGACUUCAGUAUGAAAGGCAUAAUUAACUGUGUGUUUAAAUACGCCACAUUCUCGUGUCGUUACCGACGUUCGUACCAACAGGACAGCGAGGAAAAGGAUUUGUCAGUACAGUUACUGGAUGCUCUGGAGCCUGCUGUUUGUAUG